CUUGGUUUGACUUUCACGACGGAUUUAUUUUCAGCCGGCACCGCGUUAGCUUGGCUGUGUAGCUCAUGGUGUCGCAGCAUCUCUACUCAAGUCUUUGACGGUAAACUGACAAUACGAGCUCGUGGUUUUUGUAUAUCCAUGCCGCUAAAAGAUCAGUCAAACUCGACCGCUAUGAAACCAGCAGUGGAUGAGAUGUUUCCCGAAGGAGCUGGACCCUACGUUGAUCUGGAUGAGGCUGGGGGAAGCACAGGACUGCUGAUGGACCUGGCUGCCAAUGAAAAGGCGGUUCAUUCAGACUUCUUCAAUGAUUUUGAGGAUCUGUUUGAUGAUGAUGAUAUCCAGUGACGGAGACCAUUGUGACCAUUGUGUCUCCAGUCAUGAUGGAUGAUAUUCACCUCACCUUUGUUUUUUCCUCCCUCAACAUUUUUUUUUCUUUUUUGGUGGAAGCAAACCGACCAUUUACUGUCUAAUGACAUACAAUUUCCUUUCAUAGUUGUCCUAGUUUCAGGCUUUUUAAAACAUCCUUAAAAAAGUCGUCACCGGCUCCAGAUGUUGUGAAAUUCUUAAGAUCCCAAGGAUUCCUUCAUAUGCAGUAUGUUAAAAUUAUGAGCUUGCAUUGUGCUCAUGUCUUCAUCUGCUUCUAAACUGGAUUGCAGGUUUCAGUGUGCCGGAGAACACCUGUUAGGAGCAUAAUUAUACAUAUGAUGGACAGAGGCUCCAUAUGCUGUCGCCCUUAAACAAACUACAGAUGGCAUAUGAUAAAUGAUGGUCUGCUAAAAUGGUUUAAAUUAUUUGUACGAUGAUGUGUGAUAGUCACAUAUGUUCUGUAUGUUUUUAUACCUGUAGUGUGUCAUGUUAUGUCAUGAAUUUGUACAUAUGUGUACAGUAGUUAUGCAUCCCUAGUUGUAUUUUUGUGAUGGAUUCAACAUGUGACACUGGUUAAAAAAUGAAUAAAGAGUUUUUUGUAUUUAUGAA